UGGCCGCGUCGGUGUUUUGACGAAUAGUACUUUUGUGUUUGUUUCAUUCUCCUCAGAAAUCGAAGAAAACGUUUCCCGAACUGGAAAAAAACAACCACGCGUGUUUGAUGUUUUAAUAUAAAGAUUUAAUUUAGACAAUCACAUCUUAUUAAUAUUUGUUUUAUGGUUCAGACUAUGCACUUUUGGUGUUUAUAAGGUAGCUAGCUGACUGGCUAGCAACACAUUUAAGCUGAAAAUUAAAAGAAAAUCGAUGGAGCAGCUCAGUCCUGAGGAGAUUCGAAGGCGGCGACUGGCCCGGUUAGCCGGAGGGCAGACGUCUCAACCAAGCACCCCCCUUAGCACACCUUUGACCUCUCCACAGAGAGAGACCCCCCCAGGACCCUUACCCGGACCCUCUGGGGCCUCGUUGCAGUCUGUCCCACCAGCUCCAUCUCACACUCUGGGCCUUAAUGCCCAAAAUGUCACCCCUGCCACCUCUCCAAUGGGGGCAUCAGGGGUCGCUUACCGCAGCCAGAGCAGCGAGGGGGUCAGCUCUCUCUCCAGCUCUCCGUCUAACAGCCUGGAGACGCAGUCCCAAUCUUUGUCCCGCUCUCAGAGCAUGGACAUCGACACGGCCUCCUGUGAGAAGAGCAUGUCCCAGGUUGAUGUGGACUCAGGAAUAGAGAACAUGGAAGUGGACGACAGUGACCGCAGAGAGAAAAGGAACUUGGCUGAAAGGGACUCCACGUCUAAUCCUGACAUCUCUGAAGAGCAUGCUCUGCAGCUCAUAUGUAAGAUCUUGCGUGUUUCCUGGAAGGAACAGGACCGUGAUGUCAUCUUCCUGCCUUCACUUGCUGCUGAGUUUCAGAAGAACCCUAAGGAUGUUUACUCUGACUUCAAAGACCUGAUAGGUCAGAUUUUAAUGGAGGCUCUCAUGAUGUCCACCCGUACGCGUGACUGUAACCCAUUCGCCAGCUUGACCGCCACAUCUCAGCCAAUUACUGCUGCCAGAUCCCCGGACCAUCACCUGACUCUCAUCCCGCCCUCCAGCCAGAGCGGCAGUCCCAUGAUGCCCUCCGCAGGCUCAUUUGGUGCCAGCUCUCUGUCUAGCCUGGGUGCAUCUGGAGGGGGAAUGGUUGGUGACUCAGGUAGUGACCGCUUUACCAUAGAGUCCAGUAAAGAGACCGAGAUGUUGAACUACCUCAUCGAGCGUUUUGACAGUGUGGGUAUGGAGGAGAGGAAAGCACCAAAGAUGUGCAGCCAACCAGUUGUCAGUCAGCUGCUAAGCAACAUACGUUCCCAGUGUAUUUGCCAUGCUGCACUAGUGCUUCAAGGUGCCCUCACCCAGCCCAGAGCCCCUCUACAACCCUCCCUGCUGGUUCCCUACAUGCUGUGCCGGAACCUUCCGUACGGCUUUAUCCAGGAGCUGGUGCGCAUGACUCACCAGGAGGAGGAUUUGUUUAAACAGAUCUUUGUUCCCAUUCUGCAAGGGCUUGCGCAAGCUGUGAAAGAAUGUUCCUUUGACUCUGACAACUUCAAGUAUCCUCUGAUGGCUUUAGCUGAGCUUUGUGAGGUCAAGUAUGGGAAGACUCACCCCAUAUGCAGUUUGAUCACCUCUCUGCCAUUGUGGUGUCCUGACCCACUCAGUCCUGGGACAGGAAGAGAAAUUCAAAGACUCUCCUUCCUGGGGUCUUUCUUUAGUCUGUCUGUGUUUGCAGAGGAUGAUACUAAAGUGGGAGACAAGUACUUUUCAGGUCCUGCCAUAACUAUGGAGAACACUCGUGUGGUCAGCCAGUCGCUUCAGCACUAUUUGGAGUCUGCCAGGGGAGAUCUAUUUAAAAUCUUGCACAACAUCUUGCUGAAUGGAGAAACAAGAGAAGCAGCUCUGAGCUAUAUGGCAGCUCUGGUGAACCGUAAUGUGAAGAAGGCUCAGAUGCAGACCGAUGACAAGCUAGUAUCCACAGAUGGCUUCAUGAUGAACUUCCUGUGGGUUCUGCAGCAGCUGAGUAUGAAGAUCAAGCUGGAUACAGUGGAUCCCCUUUACAUCUUCCACCCCAAGUGUCGACUAAACGUCACCCCUGAAGAGACCAGGCUCAAAGCCACGAUGGAGGAGCUGAAGAGUUGGACCACAGAGCUGCAUGGUGACUCAUCCAAGUUUUCAGAGCCCAAGUUUCCCACCGAGUGCUUCUUCCUCACUCUACAUGCACAUCACCUGUCCAUCCUGCCGUGCUGUCGACGCUACAUACGUAGACUGAGGGCCAUACGAGAUCUGAACAGAACGGUUGAGGAGUUGAAGAACAGUGAGAACCAGUGGAAGGAUUCCCCGUUGGCUAGUCGUCAUCGGGAAAUGCUGAAGAGAUGUAAAACCCAGCUGAAGAAACUGGUGCGCUCUAAAGCCUGUGCAGACGCAGGGCUCCUGGAUGAGAACCUGCUGCGCAGAUGUCUGCAGUUCUUCAGUAUGGUCAUCCAGCUUAUCCUGCGCAUGGUGGAGCCUGCCUAUCCACAUGUUAGCCUGCCUCUGAACCCAGAGAUCCCAAAAAGCUUUGCAGCACUCCCUGAGUUUUACAUUGAAGAUGUGGCCGAGUUCCUGCUUUUUAUUGUGCAGUACUUUCCCCAGGUCCUGUAUGAGCCAUGCACUGAGGACAUCGUGACCUUCCUGGUGGUCUUCAUUUGCAGUGAGAACUACAUAAAGAACCCGUACUUGAUCGCCAAGCUGGUGGAGGUGCUCUUUGUCACCAACCCUGCUGUGCAGCCGCGCACCCAGCGGUUCUUCGAGAUGAUGGAGAACCACCCGCUGUCUGUCAAUCAGCUCGUCCCUGCCCUCAUGAAGUUCUACACAGAUGUGGAGCACACUGGAGCAACUAGUGAGUUUUAUGACAAGUUCACCAUCCGCUACCACAUCAGCACCAUAUUUAAAAGCCUGUGGCAAAACAUUGGCCAUCAAGGGACCUUCCUGGAGGAGUUCAACUCUGGAAAGCAGUUUGUGCGCUACAUCAACAUGCUAAUCAACGAUACAACUUUUCUGCUGGAUGAGAGUCUGGAGUCUCUGAAACGCAUUCACGAGAUCCAGGAGGAGAUGAAGAACAAUGAGCAGUGGGACCAGCUGCCCAGGGACCAGCAGCAAAGCCGUCAAUCCCAGCUGACUCAGGAUGAGCGGGUGUCACGUUCCUACCUGGCUUUAGCCACAGAGACAGUAGACAUGUUCCACAUCCUCACCAAACAGGUCCAGAAGCCCUUCCUGAGGCCUGAAUUGGGUCCUCGUCUGGCUGCCAUGUUGAACUAUAACCUUCAGCAGCUGUGUGGGCCUAAAUGUCGAGACUUGAAGGUUGAAAACCCAGAAAAAUACGGUUUUGAGCCAAAGAAGCUCCUGGAUCAGCUCACUGAUAUCUACCUGCAGCUGGACUGCGCUCGAUUUGCUAAAGCCAUCGCAGAUGACCAGCGGUCAUACAGCAGGGAGCUCUUUGAGGAGGUCAUUUCCAAAAUGAGAAAGGCCGGCAUAAAAUCCACCAUUGCUAUUGAGAAAUUCAAACUCUUGUCUGAUAAGGUAGAGGAGAUAGUGGCCCGCAAUUCACAGUCUGAGAUGGAUUACAGCGACGCCCCAGAUGAGUUUAAAGAUCCCCUGAUGGACACUCUCAUGUCGGACCCCGUGCAACUGCCCUCUGGUAACAUCAUGGAUCGGGCCAUCAUCCUGAGACACCUUCUGAACUCUCCCACAGAUCCAUUCAACAGACAGCCUCUCAAUGAGAGCAUGCUGGAGCCAGUCCCAGAGCUGAAAGAGCGAAUCCAGGCCUGGAUGAGAGAGAAACAGAGUGGCCGUUUUUCUCAGUGAACCAAGCUUACCUUCAGAUGAAAUGUUUUCACCACGCUGGAUGUGAACUGAAUCGAACAGGAUGUAAUACGACAGUACCUAAAUUGUUUUGCCUCCCUUUGUCCUCUUAUUGAGCCCAUGCCUGAAAGGCUUAUGGUUCUAAAUUGAAACAUAAUAAAGUUUAGACUUUUGAAAGA